AUGUCUUCUGACACAAUAACCUUAUUCGACAUCCCCACCAAGCCGCCCCAGGUUUGUUGGUCGAUGAAUAUCUGGAGAACGCGUUUGCUUCUCAACUUUAAGGGUCUGGAAUACAAGACUGAAUGGCUAGAGUAUCCUCAAAUCAAGGAGCGACUAAGCGGACAUGUCUCACCUAAUGAACAAGAACCCGAGUUCACGCUCCCAGCCAUCCAGAUGCCCGACGGCACCUACGUAAUGGACUCUUACAAAAUCGUCGACUUCAUCGAGGCCAAAUACCCUAAGCCCAGCGUUCAUCUCAAUGACCCAAUGCAGUCGCGUCUUAGGGCAUCGAUGGUGAAGUUCAUGACGCAGAUGACACCCAUUUACGUCCCUGGAGUGGCUAAGAACAUUCUUGGCGACAAGAGCAUUGACUUUUUCCUCGCCACGCGACAAGAAGACGUUGGCAUGCCGCUGUAUGAAUACGGAGAGAAAAACUCACCCGGUGCUCUGGACAGAGCGGAGCCUUUCGCCCGGGAGAUUACAGAAUUGCUUAAGGAAAAUAGCUCUGGGCCUUACUUUUUGGGUGAUACUGUUAGUUACACGGAUUUUAUCUGGGGUGGCAUUUUGCUUUUUUUCCAGUGCUUGGGUGAUAAAGAAUUUCAGGAAGUGCUGGACAAGACUGGAGACGCCGAUGUCCAUACAAGGUUUCUCGAGGGACUCAGUGCCUGGACCAAGCGGAACGAUUGA